GGAAAUGUUUCAAGAAAAUUGAUGGAAGUUUUAAUGAUUGUGAUUGGCAACUUUGCUGUCAUUUUCCUAUCUAUUCUGAUACUGAUAUUUUGUUAAUCACAUUCGCAAAUUGUAAUUGUAAUGGCCGAUAAGUUAAUUUAAAUAUAGUACAUAGACUUAAAUAAAAAGUGUGCAUUGUUUGUUAAUCUAAUGUAAAUUCGUUUCCUUGAAUGACUUAAAAAGUGAAAUUUGGCGGAAUGUUUCCGCGAACGCCGCCAGUAGUGAAACGACUUCUAGAGUGGAAAAAAGGUCCCGAAGGAUCGUCUGCUGCAGAAGAUAAAUGGUCAGAAAAGGCUGUAAAAAGUUUAGUUAAGAAAUUAAAGAAAAGUGAGGCUCUCGAGGAGUUAGAAAAGGCUAUAACUAGUCAAAGUAGUCAUACUAAAUGCGUCACAAUUCCCAGAGCGAAGCCCAGUGAUAACAUUGUGAACGGUCAAUAUAGAAAAGGGUUGCCGCAUGUCAUCUACUGCAGGCUGUGGCGCUGGCCGCAGCUACAAAGCCAGCAUGAAUUGAAGCCAGUCGACCAUUGCAUUUAUGCAUACCAAUUAAAAAAGGACGAAGUGUGUGUCAACCCUUAUCACUACAACAAGAUUGAUUCGCCCGCUCUGCCGCCUAUCUUGGUGCCUCGCUGUGCGGAGGGAGAGAUCCGCGCGCCGCCGCCCUACACAGACUAUCUCCAGCCGCAUCACGACCACACCGACGCUUUGUCGCUGGGCGUGAUGCAGAGCGGCGGCGUGGUGGGCGUCGGCGCGCACAGCGCCCUCUACCUGGAGGCCACUCUCGCUCAGCAAGUGCCAGGCAACACAACCGUACACGUGAGUUCAUCAACAGUGGAGACUCCGCCGCCGGGCUACAUGAGUGAGGACGGCGAUCCCAUGGACCAUAAUGACAACAUGAGUCUAACUCGACUGACACCAUCACCUCCGGGUCUAGCCACCGAGGCUGCACCAGUGCUGUACCACGAGCCUGCCUUCUGGUGCAGCAUCAGCUACUACGAGCUGAACACACGCGUGGGGGAGACCUUCCAUGCCUCGCAGCCGUCUAUCACUGUGGAUGGCUUUACUGACCCCAGCAAUAGUGAGAGGUUCUGCUUGGGUCUGCUAUCGAAUGUGAAUAGAAACGAAGUUGUGGAGCAAACGCGACGGCACAUCGGCAAAGGAGUCAGGCUGUAUUACAUUGGAGGCGAGGUGUUUGCAGAAUGCCUCAGUGACUCAUCAAUAUUUGUACAAUCUCCAAACUGCAACCAGCGCUAUGGAUGGCAUCCUGCCACUGUUUGCAAAAUACCUCCCGGUUGCAAUCUGAAGAUCUUCAACAACCAAGAGUUCGCGGCGCUGUUGUCGCAGUCGGUGUCGCAAGGCUUUGAGGCGGUGUUCCAGCUGACGCGCAUGUGUACUAUACGUAUGAGCUUCGUUAAGGGCUGGGGCGCCGAGUACAGGCGUCAAACGGUGACUUCAACACCGUGCUGGAUCGAGCUGCACCUGAACGGGCCGCUGCAGUGGCUGGACCGCGUGCUCACACAGAUGGGCAGCCCGCGCCUUCCCUGCUCCUCCAUGUCCUAGAUAUUGCGGCAGAAAUUAUUCCUGAAUCCCCAAUACAUUGGCCAUUUCAGUUGUAAAAUAUAAAGGGUAGCUCAAAACAAUUACCUCCAAAAUGAGUCUUAACUUUGUUUUACUGUAGUUUGUGAUAAGUUUACAUUUGUAACAUGUUUCAUCUUAGAAUAUAAGACGGUAUAUUUUAAUACUAUUAAGAAAUUCAAAAUUUAAUGGACUAUAUCACAUUUGUGAUAACAAAAAUGUAUAUUCAAUUUAUCGAUUUUUAGGGGUUUUAAAUGCUUUUUAUAAUAUACAUUUAAUGGAUUUUUUAACUAUAGAUUAAUGAACAAGUUUACUAGUCCGCGACAAACAUUUUAAUCGUAUAAAUUUGCUUUACUAAGAGAAUUGAAUAAUUAAAAAAAAUAAUCAAAGUAUUUUAUUAAAAAUUGCCUUUCUGUUGGCAACCCUAUUUUAAAUAACCCAAAUAUUGUUACAUAAAUGUUUGUCGUGACUUCACAAUGCCUAUGUUUCUACAUGUAAAUAAUCUGCAAUUUUUUUUUAAUAUCUCGCCAUUGUAAAGCAUUUACAGUUAUAUAAAGAAUUGUUACAGUCACUACAAUAAUUAGAUUUUUAUAUUUUAUAGUUUUAUGCAUUAUAUACAAUAUGUAUAGACUUUUUGUUUGUUUAAUUUUGUUUAUAAUUUGCGAACGUAAUUAUAUGCUUAGGUUAGGUGAUGUAUGUAGGGUUGCCACAUAAACCAUUUAAUAUAAAAACAUAACUCACGCCUCUCACCCAGAGUGAUAGGCAGAGACAAAAGACCUCUAUUUGGGGCGCUCCUAAACCAUUAUUAGUACUCUUAAUUACGAUUGUGUUGAUGAUGUUUUUGCUAACCUUAAACCAAAUUUAAACAUUAAAUAAUGUCUAAGUACCUUUAAUCCUACAUUUGUACUGUUUUUAUUAUUAUGGUUGUCAAUAAUGA